UUAAAUGCUUAUAUCACACAAGCAUUUGAAAAUAAUAUCAACCACUACAGGUUGACACAAAUAUGGCAUGUUUGUUCCUAUAUAGUGGGUGAACAAAUGAACAACUUUGACUCAAUUGUAAUUUAGCAGGGGUUUCAAAUCUGGUCCGGGACUUCCCUAAACUGAAACUAUUUUUUCCUAGCCCAAAACUAUAAUACCUGAUUUACCUAAUCAACUAGUCAUCAAACCCUUGUGGUUGGGAUUUGGUGCGGUAGUGUUGGGAUAGAACAAAACCUAUGCAGCCAGUCUGGGAUGACCCAAGUAGCUAAAUUGAAAGCAAAGUGAAAAUGAGUGCAAAGCUGCCUGUGAGUGCAAUAAGUUCCAUCGCAACCUAUUAUAAACAUAAAGCCCCCAGUUACUAUCCAAUCAAAGCCACAUUGACAUUAUCCCACCCCUGGUUACCCAAUACAAGCUUAAAAGGCCAAACGUAACACAAUAUCUCCAAUUAAUUUCCAGCGAUUUUACCCGUCUGUCUGUUUAAUGCGCACAUUUGUCUAUCACUCUAUAGUAGUGAUGGGUCGUUCGCGAACGAGUCGGCUCUAAGAGCCGGCUCUUGUAGGUGAACGUUGGGAGCCGGCUCGCAUGUCAGAAGAGCAAAAUCUAUUUAUAUAUAUAUAUUUUUUUUAUUAAGAUGUGAAUAAUCAAAAGAUUUAAAUGAAAAUAAUGAUCUAAUUCAAAAAAAGAUUUAAAGAAUAAUUUUGGCCUAAAUGCUCAAGCGCACACAUUCGUUCUGACUGUCUGCUCAGACUAACAGCCUCACCUGUUGUUCCUGUCAAUCAGACACGCAGUGUCAACCAAUGAACCAAAGAUGCGUGAGGGAGGGCCGAGCCAACUCACUCACAGUCACACACUUAGCAGCCAAGGAGAGAGAGGAAGGACAGCUGUGAAAACAACAGCUGGAAAAUUAGUCAGAAGCACAGUAGCAUUUGGAUGCAUUCUAAUAAUGUAGACAAUGUUAGAGCACAGUGUAGAAUUUGCCAAAACAAAAUCUCAUAUAAAGUCGGUUCUACGCACAACCUACACCGGCAUAUGCGAACUGUGCACCAAACUGUGAAGCUAGCUGUAGUGGCCAUGUUCUGUUAUAAUCUCCACCCGGCACAGCCAGAAGAGGACUGGCCACCCCACAUAGCCUUGUUCCUCUCUAGGUUUCUUCCUAGGUUUUGGUCUUUCUAGGGAGUUUUUCCUAACCACCGUGCUUCUACACCUGCAUUGCUUACUGUUUGGGGUUUUAGGCUGGGUUUCUGUACAGCACUUUGAGAUAUCAGCUGAUGUACGAAGGGCUAUAUAAAUACAUUUGAUUUGAUUUGGACCAGUUUAUGCCGAAGUCUAUGUCUGUAGCAAAACAAGGCCAAAUUGAUAUGGCAUUGGCUAAAAUGAUUGCCAGAGGACAGAGGUUUUAAAAAUUAUAGCAACAGUCUAAAUCCAAUGUACACAAUUCCAAGCAGGAACACCCUUUCAAAAUCACUUAUUCCUAAACUGUACGAGAGCACACAGGCUUCAGUGCGGGAAGGAGUCCAAAAAGCUACUGCAGUUUGCCUUACCACUGCUGGACAUCAAGGGUAAACACUUCUUACAUGUCAGUUACAUGCCACUUCAUUGAAGAUUUUGUUUUUUAUGUCUAGCUGUCUUCUGGACUGCUUUGAGUUCAGCGACAGACACACCUCAGAGAACCUGGCAGAGGAACAGUUGAGAGUGGCCAGAGAAUGGCAAGUAGACGAAAAAGUGGUCUGUUGUGUUAGCGACAAUGCAGCUAACAUAACCAAUGCCAUGAACAUUUUUAAAUGGACCCAUCAUCCAUGUCUUGCCCACACAAUCAACCUGAUUGUAAGAGAUGCUCUGAAGGUGAUGAAGCCCACUGUGGACAAAGUGAAAGCAGCUGUGGAAUACUUCCACAGGAGCACAGUAGGUGCUGAAAAACGAAAGUCUACACAACGCCAGAUGGUGUUGCCUGAGCUGAGGCCUAAACAAGAUUGCACUACAAGGUGGAAUUCAACAUUUUAUAUGUUGAAGCAGUUUCUUGACUCAAAGAAUGCCAUCAUCUCUACCCUGGCCAAUGUCAAUGCACCUGUUGAUGCUCUGACACAAGAGGAAUGGAAGGUGGUGGAGGAGGUGUGCAGAGUCCUGGAACCCUUUGAGCAGGUCACUGUGGAGUUCAGUGGAGAGAGCUAUGUGACAGCCUCAAAAAUGACACUACUGUGUAAGGGUCUGCAGCGAAUCACAGCCAGCCACCAGAGAGAAGCAAACGUAACCACAGGACAUGUGACAGAGUUGAUGGACACCCUAUGUUCAUCAAUGGACAGGAAGUUCCACAGAAUGGAAUAUAAUCACGUGCUAUCAGAAAUAGCUACACUUACACAGUAGUGUGCCAGAGCAAUUGAUGCCAGAGCGAUUGAUGCCAGAGCAAUUGAUGAGGCACUUCAAAGAAUAACCCCAUCAAAAGGGAGGGACAGCCCCAGCAGUCAGCUGGCUCAGGUACCAGGGCAACAGGAAGAAGAGGGAUCAGAUGGAGCAGAAGCACCAGCAGUAGUGCCACAAACGUCUCCUGUUUGGAUGCUGUUUGACGAGCGAGCAACUGUGGAUGCAGCACGAAGGAAUCCCUCAGCAGAUGCCAUAAUGGAGGUCCGAUCCUAUUUGGAGGAGCUCCUGGUGGAAGAACAAGGCCUCUGUCUACCUACGGCUUACCAAAGUCAUGACAGGGAGACUCUGCAUAGUGGCCACAUCCGUUCCCUCUGAGGGGGUCUUCUUGAAAACGGGACAAAUAAUUACUGAGAGAUGAAACUGCAUCAGCCCCUCGAAAGUGAGGCAGCUUGCAUUUCUGAAUGCAAAUCUCUCUCUCAUAAAAGCUAAAUAUGGUCAGCAUUGCUGUGUGCUGCUGGUUAUAACAUGGCAAUAAAGAAGAAAAACGGACCCGGACGUGUUUAAAGUAUCAAAACAUAUUUCAUUUUAUUAACCCAUCUAGUGACUAAAUGACAGCAUAGGUUUCAAGUAUCAUGCUAGCUAGACUUGCACUUUAGCCCGGGAGAAGUUACAGGAGAGACGGGUGGGACGAAAGUAACACAAUAUAAACUGAUGAGCACAUGCCAUGGUCUCCUCUAGUUCAUAUUGCUUUAAUAGUGUUAGCAAAGUACAGUAUAAACAAGUGACCAUAUAAUUAUAUAUGACAUUAGAAUUAUGCCUUAAUCAAUUGACUUGAUGUAUCAGUUAAAAACAGUGGUCAAAAAUAUCUUUAUGGCUCUGGUGGUCAAUUACCUUAUGUCAAGCCAUGGAAAUGCAUGAUGAGCGUGCAUGACAAGGAUUACUGGAGCGCACCUGAUUGGAAGGACUCAUUUUGAACAUGUUUAAACAAUUUUGAAAAUUGUGAAAAAAAUCCUUUUAAAAUGAGAUGAGAAAAUAUGGAUAAUAUAGCUAGGUAGCCUAGUGGUUAGAGCGUUGGACUAGUAACCGGAAGGUUGCAAGUUCAAACCCCCGAGCUGACAUGGUACAAAUCUGUCGUUCUGCCCCUGAACAGGCAGUUAACCCACUGUUCCUAGGCCGUCAUUGAAAAUAAGAAUUUGUUCUUAACUGACUUG